CUUCGCGUUUAUAUUCUAAACAGAGACUACACGGAGAAACAUAGAGAAAAAAUGGGAGUAACGAAGGAGCAAGUUGAAUCUUCAUUGACUUCAAAACUGAAGCCUCUUCAUCUGGAAGUAACUGAUACGUCCGGAGGGUGCGGUGCAAGUUUUGUAAUCGAGAUUGUGUCGGAACAAUUCGAGGGGAAGAGACUUCUGGAGAGGCAUCGGAUAGUAAAUGCUGCACUGGAAGAGGAAAUGAAGCAAAUCCAUGCUCUCUCGAUAAAUAAAGCUCUCACUCCCGAGCAGUGGAAACAGCAGCAAGAGGCGGAAAAAUCGAAAUCGGAUGCUUAGGAAGAUGGUCGAAGUUAGUCAGACAUUGAAAUAAAAGAGGUCUAAAGCAUCAUUUUGAUUGUUACUUGACCUAGAAUUGGCUACUUAUGGCUUAGAUUUCUGUGUUGAAAGAGUUGAGGUAGAAGAAUAUAUAUAUAUAUAUAUAUCUAUUAAAAAAUAA